ACCCCAAACCCAACACCCAAAACCCAAACCCAAAAACCAAAAACCCAAACCCAAAACCUACGUAACCCUAAUUCUCAUUUCUCACUCACCCGACGCCGCAAGAAAUUUCCAUCGACCGAACUCAUCUUCAACCUCGUCGAACUGUCUUCAUCUUCGUCGAAGCUCGAGCUCGUCUUCAACCUCGUCUUCGAUCUUCAACAUCCGAGCUUCAACCUCGUUUCGAACUCGUCGAAGCUUCGUCUUCAACCUCCGAGCUUCAACCUCGUCUUCGAACUCGUCGGAGCUUCGUCUUCAACCUCCGAGCUUUGUCUUCAACCUCUGAGCUCGUCUUCAACCUCCGAUCUGUUCCUCGUCGAAGCUCGAACUCGUCGAAGCCUCUCGAUUCUCGAAGCCUUUGGGAGUCUGCUUCAUCCCUGUAACAAGAGAUGGGGAAAUUGGGGAAAAAAGCGAGGAAAUUCGCGAAGAAAAAUCUUCAGUCAGUUCACAAGAGAAGGCGGAAGAUGAAAUCGACGUUUAAGCGAAAAGCCCCUUCUCGUCACAAAGAUGCUCUUCAUGACACUGGUGAUCUGAUCAGGGAACAAUUAAAUAAAGGAAGCUCUGAAGGGACAAGAAUAGAUGAUAAUGCUGCUGGUAAAUUUCUUGACGAUAUAUUCGCUGAAGGUGAUGACAAUUAUCUUGAAGAUAUUUCUGAGAGCGAUGGCUUCCUCUCUGAGGAUUCUGAAUGUCCAUACAUUUUUGAAGACGAGAAUGAGGGCGGAGAUGAGGACAAUCAUGCUGUUUUACUCGGAGAAAAUGAGAAAAUUCAUAUGGAGAUUGUGGCACAAAAGAAAAGACUCGACUGUCUACUUGAAAAGGACCCAAAGUUUUCGGAGUUCCUGGCAAGUCGAAGAGCUGAAUUGGAGGCAUCCAAACAUGAAGAUAUUUAUUCUGACGAAGAAGAUGGCACGAAGUUUCCAAAUAAAGAUGAUGUUAGUGAGCAUCAAUCUGAUAAGAAAACGCUCACAACUUGUACUAUUGAUGUAUGGUGCUGGUUGGUUAUGGAGGAGCCAAACGGGCCUGCACUAUCCAACCUACUUAAUGGCUUCCGAACUGCAUGUCAAUAUGGGAUUGAUUCAGAUGAAUGCCCGCUAAGAAUUUCAAAUAAGGAAGUAUUCUCGAAGAUUUUGACAUUUGUUCUCAAUGAAUCUGAUGGUAUAUUCCGUAGGCUAUUAGGAAUUUCAGAUUUCUGCAACCAUGAAAGAAUUCAAAAGCUGAAGAAUACAUCAAUGUGGGAAACUGCUGGGCCACUGUUGAAAUCUUAUCUCAGGAGUUGUCUGCUUCUUUUGAAUCAAGUUACUGAUGGUCAGAUACUUGUUCUCGUGUUGACUCGACUCAAAGCUUCCACUGUAUUUUUUGCUGCUUUCCCUUCUUUAACAGGGAGACUCAUCAAGAUUUUGGUUCAUCUUUUGGGGACUGGUGAGGAGAGCCUGUCAUUAUCUUCAUUCCUUAUGAUCCGAGACAUUUCUUUGCAAUUAGGCUCUGACUGCCUUGACAAGUGCUUGUCCCAAACAUAUAAAGCAUUUGUGGCACAUUGCAAAUUUGCUCAGACUACAAAUUUGAAGCAUCUCGAGUUUCUGACGAACUCCAUUGUGGAACUUUAUUCUCUAGACAUUCAAAAGUCCUAUCCGAAAGUGCUUCUCUCUUUACAGCACCUCGCUAAUAUCUUGCGACAGACUCUUAAAUCAAAGAAAAAGGAAGAACUCAAGAAGAUAUGCAAUUGGCAGUUCUUAAACUGUGCAAACCUUUGGGUUAAAUUUAUCACUUUGAACAUCAAGGACCAUGAUCUUCAGCCACUGAGUGCUUUGCUUAUCGAGAUCAUAAAUGGGAUGGCUUACUUGUUUCCCGGUCCACGACACCUACCUUUGAGACUAAAGUGCGUUCAUAUGCUCAAUAAUCUAUCUUCUGCCAGUGGACUUUUUAUUCCUAUAGCAUCCUUGGUAUUUGACUGUCUGGAAUAUAAAGGAGGCGGUAAUGGAGAUACUGCACGUGGGAAGCCUCUGGAUCUUCUAUCAGUUUUAAAGGUCCCAAAACAGUUUUUAAAAUCAAGGGGCUUCCAAGAGGAGUGCAUUCAUUCUGCAAUAGAGCUUCUUUUAGCGCAUUUUUCCCACUGGAGCUAUCACAUAUCUUUUCCUGAAGUGGCAACUAUACCUCUCAUACUCAUGAAAAGGUUCCACGAAAAGACUACGCUCGAAAGUCUUCGACGCUCAGUUAAGAGAUUUAUAGAUCAGGUAGAGCAAAACAUUGAAUUGAUUAGGAGAAAAAGAGAUGAGGUUGGGUUUUCACCCAAGGACCAUGAAUCUGUCCAAUCCUUCCUCCAGCUGGAGAAGAAUGUUGCCAACGCUUCAUUUACUCAGUACUAUGCUAGUAUCCUACAGAAAUCACGGUUUAAUCAAAGUAUUACCGUAUAAUUUUGUGAACAAUUAUUACCGAUGGUAGGGAUCUUCGUAGACGGCGAGAGCCAUUGUUUAACCAGGAAAACCCUCUGGCUUUCUUCAUGGAAUUUUUACCUGCUGAGUUUUGAUCAUUAUCAUUAGUAACAGCUCCAUCAACUGCUUUUUUUGAUUGCACGUUUAGAUGAUAACUGUGUAUUAUUAAUCUUUAUUUAUGCUUCUUUUUAGAUUGCUAUUAUAUUCUUUCA